CGGGCUCUUCUUGGAGAUCUUCAGAAGCAGCCCGGCCGUGGGCACUGCUCUGGUGUCCCUGCUGGAGCUGCGGCUGGGCCCGAUCUCAGCCGUGCCGUGCUGCUCUUACUGAGGCCGCGUCCACGUUGAAAUAGUGUCAGAGAGCCAUGUGUGUAACCAGUACAGAACAUCAAGUUCUUUGCCUGAGGAGACAAAAAAAAUUCUCCAAAAUGGACCAGACUUAGAGGACUUUGUAUCAGGAGAUUUGGCAGACAAGAGUGCGUGGGCUGAGUACAAAGGCAAUUUAAAGCGUCAGAAAGGAGAAAGGCUACGACUUCCUCCAUGGCUGAAAACAGAGAUUCCCAUGGGCAAAAAUUACAAUAAACUGAAAAAUACCUUGAGAAGUUUAAAUCUGCACACGGUAUGUGAGGAAGCACGUUGUCCCAACAUUGGGGAAUGCUGGGGAGGUGGUGAAUAUGCUACAGCUACAGCUACUAUUAUGCUGAUGGGUGACACGUGCACUAGAGGUUGCAGAUUUUGUUCAGUAAAAACAGCAAAAAAUCCCCCUCCACUGGAUCCCGAGGAGCCUUACAACACAGCAAAAGCUAUUGCUGAGUGGGGCUUGGAUUACGUUGUAUUGACAUCGGUGGACAGAGACGAUAUGCCUGAUGGUGGAGCAGAACACUUUGCAAAGACAGUCUCCCAUCUGAAAGAAAGGAACUCAAAAAUAGUUGUGGAAUGCCUUACCCCUGAUUUCCGAGGGGACCUUAAGGCUGUGGAGAAGGUAGCACUGUCAGGGCUGGACGUGUACGCCCACAACGUGGAGACUGUUCCAGAAUUACAGAGGAAAAUCCGCGAUCCCCGAGCCAACUUCGAGCAGUCCGUCCGUGUGCUGAAGCACGCCAAGGAGGUGCAGCCCCGUGUCAUUUCCAAAACAUCCCUCAUGCUGGGGCUGGGCGAGACAGAUGAGCAGGUGUUUUCAACGAUGAAGUUGUUGCGUGAAGCAGGUGUGGAUUGUUUGACUCUAGGACAAUACAUGCAACCAACAAAACGUCACCUAAAGGUUGAGGAGUAUGUAACACCUGAAAAAUUCAAAUACUGGGAAAAAGUAGGAAAUGAUCUUGGAUUCCAUUACACAGCUAGCGGGCCUCUAGUGCGUUCCUCCUAUAAAGCAGGUGAAUUCUUCUUGAAGAACUUGGUGGAAAAAAGAAAGACGAAAGUCAUCUGAAAAUGAGAGUGAACCUAUUUAAAGCAGCCAGUUCUAAGGAUCCUUUUUCAGCACAUAAUUAUACCCAGUUCCAGAAAUACAGAAGACCAGAUGGUGGAGGCACGAAUAAACUUACUAUCUUUCCAGAACAUUUUACUCUUACCAAAACACUUACUGUUAUUGUACCUAACUCCUGGCAAUGCUACAACUGUGUAGUCCUUCCAGCAUUAAGUAGUAAAUCAGAAGACAGAAUUGGUUUUGAAAGAGCAAAAGCAACUGAGGUAAGCUGAAAUCAGAGGUUUAAGUAAACAGAUGUGAUGCUACCAUCAAUGUUGCUGCAAUUAGGUACUGCUUAAGAUGCCAAUAAUAGGUAUUUUGAAAGGCAGUGAGAUCUUGCUGUGUCUUACCAUUACCAUGUAACACAAGCUUGCAGGCAUUGUGGGAAAUAAAGGAAUUACAAAAAAGCAUCCAUGACGAAGGACCACAUUAGGAUUAUUUUGAACCACACCAGAGAAUUACUGUUAAUACUUGUUCAAGACAUGUCUUUUGCCUGCAUCUUAAGAAAAUUAACUGUGCCAUUCUGAGAGCUAAUGCUUUGCAGGUGUCUCAAAGGACGAGUGUCAAUAAGGUGAUGAGGUGAAGAAAACAAGAUAGUUAACUUUGUAUAGAUAUCAAUUUAAAACAUUAGGAAAUUCAUGGUUGCCAUAGCAGCAGAGAGGGAGCCACCUUUAGCUUGGGUACGUACGUGACUGUUACCCCUCUGCUUUGUACUGAUGCUGCUUCAGCACUGGGUGUCCAGAUUUGUGCAUAUCCUGUACUGUAAUUCUGCUCUGUUGUUGCCUGGGGAUUAAAGUUCUGUACUCCACCUAAGGGUGUGGAGAUGGCAUUCAGGCUGGGUGCCUGCCCCAGGAGGUUUGAUCUGAGUAUUUACUCUUCUGCAUUCAGAUUUAACUGCACUGUGGCUAAAAUGUAAAGUCUGUUACGUACUGUACUAAGCUCAGGUAGAAAUAAAAGUGUGGCAUAUGGUACAGUAGCAGCUGUACAUUUCUGUCUUUUCAGUCAUGGUAGCCUCUCCCUAAUCAUUCUCAGCUGUGUGUUCUGAACAGUAGAUAAGAAUUCUUAAAACUGGCUGAAACUUUUAUUUUUAUGAAGUUGUUGGGAAAUAUUCCAAGAAUUUGUUGUCUAGUUAUAAACUCUUCUCAUUCCAGUAAUCCUGGAGCUGGCUGUAGUACUUAUGUACACUUUCGUAGUCUAUAGAAAGGAAAGAGGACCCUCCCACCACACCACGCUUUGCAAGAUGUUAGCAUGACAGCUAAUCAGCAAGUGGAAUCUUGGUAUUGUCACAGACAGCAAAAGUCAAACUGCCACCGAGGCCAGUGUUGCAUAAUUGGUACUUCACAAAAUAAAGCACUAAGUAUAGCAAUACUAAGGCAUUAUGAAGACAAAUUAGCUUUAAACUAAAAAGGAAUAUAUUUAAUUAAAUAGUAUAAUGGUAGUGUAAAUUAGGGAGAGAUUGUAUGUUCUUUAUGGCUCAGGCUUUAUGCCUAUACCUUGAAAAGGUGAAAAUUUUAAAGUUUUUAAAGUUAUCAAUAAGACUGCAAAGUAAUCUUGAAAAAGAGCAGAAAAUCUUGAAAGAGAGCACCUCCCUUCAGCUGAAACACCACAUAGCAGAGCAGCAGAAGGUUGGCACUACAGCAAGGAGUCUGAAUACUGCUCUGCUAGAGCAGGCCAGGUGAGGUGCAGCACUAACCUGCUGAUACCCACACAUGUAAUGACUGCCAGCUUCUAUUAGAGGCCCUCCUAUAAAUAAUGGGCUUUGAUAGAGCAGGUUUAGGAAGCUAUUAUUGUAGCUUUUGCCAAGUUACUGUUUUCAGUAUAAUCGACACCAGAAAAAUGAAGAAAAAUUCUGAGCCAUACAGCAAUUUUAAAACUGCUAAGAGGACACUGCACAAUGAUCAUCUAUGACUUUUUUUUCUUGUUGAGACAAAUGUUUCUAUAAAACAGUCUAACAUUAUUUCAUAUGGUAAGUUUUUGGUCUUUUUUACAGACUGCUGCUGGGUGGAUCAGAAGAUGAUCUCAGGCUUUACACAGCUGUCCGACAGCAGGCCCCCAGUUACACAACCUCUAUAAACUAUUUCCUAGUCACAUGCUUUGUAUGGCUUCUAGGGAAAGCAGUCAUAUUUUGGCUUCAUAGAUGCAUUUUUGUUUCAUUUCUGAGAGUCUUUGAGGACCUCUGACAAUUUGUACAACACAGAUGACAAGUUUUAAAGUUCUUUUUCUAGCUGAAAAAACUACUUUUCCAACUAUCUUUCAUCCCUAUUCCCAUUUUUUCCCCUAUAACUUUAUAUUAAAGGUACCAAAUACUCUGAGGUUAUGGCUAUAGAUUCAGCACAUGACUUCUCUAAUCUUGUUUCUGAAGAGAUUUCACAUUUAAUAUUUGUGAAGCACUUAAUUCUGUCUGCACUUCUUAUAGUACUGUACGCCUGCUUUGUCAGUUUCUGUUGCACUCAAGAAAACAGUUCUGGGAAUAGGAUCUCAAGUCAACGUGUUCUUUAAGAGAGUGACCUUUUUUAAAGCAUCAUUAUACCAACCGACAACAUACAAAGCAUAAUUAAACAUUACACAGCCAACUGGAGAUUUGCUGCACCAUCCAAUGACUUACAGAAGUGUUAAGUUAAAAAAGAAGGCAUUCAUUUAAGAAUAGAUUUGUUUUCCAUCUGAUCAGUGAAUAAUAGGAGAGUAGGGGUGUCCCCUUUUUUCACUACAUGGGAAGUUAUUAAAGAUGACAUUCAACCUCUGCUAGCAAUUCUCAGCUUGAAUUGAGGAAAAAAAAAAAAGCAGGUAAUGAAGACCUAUGCCAGUAUCCCUAGAGCAAUUAUAGAUAACACAUUAUUAUUUCCUGUACUGACACUUCAUUUUGAAUUUCAGAUGUUGAGCAUUAUAGCAUACUAUAAACUCUAUGUCACCCCCAACAAAGCUUCAAGGGAUGAAGAGAGGUAUAAACUUACUAGCCAUCAUGAGAGAUCCAACUGCUCUUACACUGCUCUUU